AAUGCGAAUGGUGAAUGGAAUUAUCGAGGACGGCCAUUAGAGAAAUCAUUCCUGUACGAUAUCGUGUCGAAUUCUAUUGAUUCGUUGGAUGUGGACAAAUUCGACUAUCUCCUUCGUGACUCACAUCAUGCCUCAAUUGCCAUCUCAUUCAAUCAGAAUAAUGUGAUGAGAAUAAUGGAUUGGAUGCGACCGAUUGAGGUUGAAGAGCGAUUGCCGAGUGGCGUUUUGGUGAAAUGCUCAAGGAUUUGUUACGCGAUAAAAGUGUUGAACGAUAUCGAUAUUGUUGGACAGAGCAGAUAUGCUUUACAUGAACGAUUGUACUCGCAUCAUACUGUUAGGGCUUAUCAAGCGAUGUGA